UCUGUGUCAAUAAUGGCAUAAGAUUCUGGUUAAGGCCAGGCCCGAUAACAAGUGCCUACCACAAGACUUGGACAUGGGAUUCCUAUAAAUGCGAAAGACAAGCGAACAUUUGCCUCUGUACGUGCGCCGUGAUCUCUGGCGAUCACAACAACAAAAAGUUUUCAUUCAGUAAACGCAUUCUGCUGGCAAUUGAAACCACAAACACGUAGGCGAGUGUGGAGCGGUUCGGCAGAGUGUUGGUGUAAGUUUUCUCCAACGUUUUCAGCCCAAGCGCUCCAUGAAGCGCUAAAAGAAAUUUAGUUUUAAGUCACUGGAAAUAUCAAGCGGAACUUAAAGGGAUAAAAUGCAUUAUUUGUGCCCAUUGGUUGGACUGGCAUUGGUCAGCAUUUGCCAGGCAGCUUCAACGAGGAGUUUUGCAACCAGCAAACCACUGCCCAUCCAUGAGGAUGUUGGCUCCACAUCCACACUGGCUCCCACGAGUGUCACGCCCUCACCCACCAAUAGAGACAUUACUCUGGGGCCCUGCAAGUGGGUCGUGGGCCGAAGUUGUCCCGAUCCGGACGUCAAGUAUUAUAUUUACACGCGGCAUAACGCAAUGGAUAGACAAUGUCUGCACAUCGAUGAUAGCCUGGAAAAGUCCAAUCUGACAGACUCCUACUUCAAUCCCCGACAUCCCACAAAGAUCAUCAUUCAUGGCUAUAACUCGGAUAUGUUUCUACAUCCGCUACAGAAAAUGCGAGAUGAAUACCUCUCUAAAUCGGAUUAUAAUAUUAUCUAUGUGGAUUGGAGCGUCUUGUCGCCGGGUCCCUGCUACAUCAGUGCCGUGCACAAUGUUCGUCAUGCAGGCACAUGCACGGCCCAGCUGGUGGAGCGUCUGGUGGAGACAGGCAAUACGGAUAUCCAUGUGAUUGGCUUCUCCCUUGGGGCACAGCUGCCCAACUACAUCGCGAGGAAUCUAAGCUCAUUUGUGCUGCCCAGAAUUACGGGCUUGGAUCCGGCAAUGCCGCUGUUUAUUACCUCCGGAGAUGCGGACAAGCUGGAUCCGAGCGAUGCCACCUACGUGGAUGUGUAUCAUACGAAUGCUCUCGUUCAGGGAAAGUUGGAGAGAUGUGGACACGCCGAUUUCUAUAUGAAUGGAGGCAUUAUGCAGCCAGGCUGUAAUGGACAGAAGAUUAAUUCAUUUGCCUGCAGUCACCAGCGCGCUCCUGCCUACUUCCUGGAGUCCAUACGCUCGCCCAAAGGUUUCUGGGGCUGGGCAUGCAGUGGGUACAUCUCUUACCUGCUCGGUAUGUGUCCUCCCACGAAUUUCCUGCUGGAAGCUGGUGACAACAUUCGUUCCACUACUCGAGGCAUGUUUAUGAUCGACACCAACGACAGUUCUCCCUAUGCCCUGGGCAAGUGGACGGAUCUGCCAACACUGGGGGCCAAGCAGCCGCAUAUGCGUGCUCCUCCGAAUCAUCUGAAGGCACCGCCCAAUCAGAGUGUGGAUCCCCUGCUGCAGCACAUCGAUCAGUUUGGCAAACUGGCGGCCAACUUCAACAAUCUGGCAAUGUCGCCCAGUGGCCGAGAUCCCUACGAGCACUGGACCAGCUUUAGUCCGGAGAACAAGGAAAACGAUGACGAUGAAUCCGUGGAGGAGCAGGAUUUGGUGGAAUUCAUUGAUCCAGAUGAUCGCCAGCUGUCCACACAAACUCCACCAACCAUGGACUGGUGGGAUUAUCGAAGGAAUCUCACGUAUGGCUUUAUGGAAAAUAAUAUUUUCGCCAUGCCAAAGUUGAAGUAGCCCCAAGAUCGUGUUAGUGCUAGUUAAAACCCGCCCUUGCCCCCAUCCAUUCCUUACUAAUAAUUAACGGAUGCAUUCUUCAUUGUGAGGUGAUAAUCCAGCAAAUGCAAGUACAGUGCGUUUCAAAACUAAAUGUACACACUAUGCGUAAGAUUGUAACUUAAUUGCGGUUUAAUCAUGCAGCAUUUUAACAUAGAUCUAUGUAUUCCUGAGCCCUAGAACAAUAAUUUUUGUUAAUAAAUAAAUUAGUUUAAUAAAGAACAGUAAAUGAUAAAUAAUUUUGUAAAUA